AACAACAACGAUAACAACUACGCCCACGACAACGAGGACGAUGCCUACAACAACGCUUAAAACAACAACAACCACACCAACAACAACGACAACUACGCCGACAACAACGACGACCACGCCCGCAGCGACUACAACCACACCUACAACAAUGAUCACGCCCACAACAACGACUUCACCGACAACAACGACAACAACGACAACACCGACAACGACAACUUCGUCUACAACAAAGACCACGCCCACUACAACGACCACGCCUACUAAAACAACUACGCCUACUACAACUACUACUGCGACAACUACGCUGGUACCGACUACCAGACCAGCCACAGCUGUCAUUUCAACAACUAUUACAACCACGACCACAACAACGCCCACGCCCACGCCCACAAAUAUAACCAUCCCAACAACAACGACCACAACCACGUCCACAACUACAACCAUCCAAACAACGACCAUGACAACACCCACAACAACGACUAUACCUACAACUUCCAGACCCACCACUCCAUCUACCAGACUAGCCACAGCUGUCAUUCCAACAACAAUUACAACCAGGCCCACAACAACGACAACGACCACGCCCACAACUACAACCAUUCCAACAACAACGACCACGACCACAACUAAAACCAUCCCAACAACCACGAACGCGUCCAACACUACAACCAUCCCAACAACCACGAACACGUCCAACACUACAACCAUCCCAACGACCACGAACACGUCCAACACUACAACCACCCCCACGACCACAACUACAACCAUCCCAACAACCACUACCACGCCCACAACUACAACCAUUCCAACAACCACGACCACGCCCACAACUAAAACCACCCCAACAACCACCAACACGUCCAACACUACAACCAUCCCAACAACCAUGAACACGUCCAACACUACAACCAUCCCAACAACCACGAACACGUCCAACACUACAACCAUCCCAACGACCACGACCACGACCACAACUACAACCAUCCCAACGACCACUACCACGCCCACAACUACAACCAUCCCAACAACAACGACCCCGCCCACAACUACAACCAUCCCAACAACAACGACCACGCCCACAACUACAACCAUUCCAACAACAACGACCACGCCCACAACUAAAACCACCCCAACAACCACGAACACGUCCAACACUACAACCAUCCCAACGACCACUACCACGCCCACAACUACAACCAUUCCAACAACAACGACCACGCCCACAACUACAACCAUCCCAACAACAGCGACCACGACCACAACUUCAACCAUCCCAACGACCACGACCACGCCCACAACUACAACCAUCCCAACGACCACGACCACGACCUCAACUACGACUAUACCUACAACUCCCAGACCCACCACUCCAUCUACCAGACCAACUGUCAUUCCAAAAACAAUAACAACCACUCCCACAACAACGACCACGCCCACAACUACAACUAUCCCAAAAGCAACGACCACGACCACGCCCACAACUACGACUAUACCUACAACUCCCAGACACACCACUCCAUUAACAACUACGACCGCUCCUACAACAACAAUUUCAACAGGAGAAACAACAACAAACACGCCUACAACAACAACCACGCCAACAACAACGACAACAGCAAUAACGACAACCACGCCGACAACAACGACAACGCCUACAACAACAACAACCACACCAACAACAACGACAACAACUAAGCCAACAACAACGACGACCACGCCCACAAAAACGACAACAACCACGCCUAUAACAACGACAAGACCGACAACAACGACCACACCACCAACAACGACCACACCACCAACAACGACAACCACACCUACAACAACGACCACGCACACAACAACGACUACACCGACAACGACAACACCGACAACGACAACUUCGCCUACAACAACGACCACGCUCACUACAACGACCACGCCCACUACAACGACCACGCCUACUACAACAACCACGCCUACUACAACUACUACUGCGACAACUACGCUGGCAGCACAGGAAGAUUUGGAAGAUGUGAAUAAAUCCAAAGAGGCUGCAAUUAUCAAAAAUAGCUGGAUUGGAACUGAAGAUAUAUCAUCUGCAAUAAAGAUUUAG